AUGAAGGCUAUCCACAUAGAGCUCGUUGAGGAUUAUUCCUCUGCGGGAUUUAUAGCGGCCUUUCGAAGAUUCGUUAGUCGACGAGGAUUGCCACAAAAACUCUACAGCGACAACAGCACGAACUUUCACGGGGCGGACCGGGAAUUAAAAACGGCUUUUGACAAAUUGACCAACGACAUUUCGCUACGAGCCACUCUUGCAAACGACCGAGUGGAAUGGCAUUUCAUCCCAGCCGCAGCACCGCACUUUAGCGGUCUGUGGGAAGCGGGAAUAAAGAGUCUAAAAACGCACUUGAAAAAGGUAGUGGGUCCGCGUACCUUGUCUCAGGUCGAAUUUGCAACACUACUUUGCAGAGUCGAGGCAUGUCUCAAUUCGCGUCCCAUUGCUGCGUUAAACGACGACCCGAGCGAUUUGUUAGCACUCACGCCGGGUCAUUUUCUCAUAGGUCGACCAAUAACCGCAGUACCGGAAGAAUCAGUACUCGCGGUAAACGAGAAUCGACUCUCUCGAUGGCAGCUCGUCAACGCAAUGCACGAGCGAGUCUGGCGUGCUUGGUCUCUUGACUAUUUGCAUUCGUUGCAGCAACGAAGCAAAUGGAAGGAUAAGACU